UGCGGACCACCUCUCACCAGCUCCGGUUUCACCUACGACCCGGCUGUCUUCAUGUCUAAUGAUAGUAAGCUGUAUUUAAAUAAAUCAUAGGCUUAUCAUCCAUUUAGGGUUGACUAGUAAUAAUAUAAUGUUAAUGAAAGUUUCAAGAGACCAUAACAGAUAGAAAAUAGGACCGAAAACUAGUCAGUACAUUCUUUAUAGGCUAAUUCAUCUCUUUAAAACAUAUCAUCAAUAAUAAAAUAUCAUCAUAUAUUUCAAUUGCUAUAAUGUCAUGUAACCUGUGUAACUUUCUUUCUUUUUCCUUUUCAAAAAUUAUAUUUUUGUGAACAACGCCACCGUGUAAUGGAUUCCACAUGUAAUUGGUAGAAUUAUCAGAAAUCCUUAUCCGAGCAAGAAAUACUUAAUUAUUAUAUUUAAUUCAUCGCAAUAAAAUUUUCAGUUUAUUACUACAAUUUUGCGUGGCCCGAUUACGGUGAAGCCAGUCUCUGUGGGAUGUUAGAUAUGGCAAAAGUAUUGUCUUUUGCUUUACAAGAGGGCAGAGUCGCUGUUCAUUGUCAUGCUGGUCUGGGCAGAACAGGAGUAUUGAUAGCUUGCUAUCUGGUGUACUCGUUGCGUGUGCGCGCCAAUGAUGCGAUCCGACUCGUGCGCAAGAAACGGCCAAGCUCCGUGCAGACCUCGGGUCAGAUACUAUGCGUGCAGCAGUUCGAACACUAUCUACUACCUCAAACAGUCGUCUUUAGCUCCAAAGAACCAAUACAUUUGACGAAGAACAAGAGGACAUCAGAGUUUACAUUAAAACAGUAUUUGUAUCGACAAAGAGCUACGCUACAUGGAUUAGACGAGAGAGCGUUCAAAUUAUUGCCUAUGGUUGUGUACAACAUAUGCGAACGCCUUCUCAGGCUAUGCGGCAGUCAUCAGAGCGUAGGCCUAGAUUUUAGAGUGAGAAACAAGCCGUUCUACAAAAGCUUCCUCGCGUAUAGACUCAAACAGGGCAGACCUCCAGACCCUGAUACUCCUGAGGAUGGACCGAUGGAACAAGCAUGCAUGUUACCAAUGAUUGAAUGGCGUGAUCCCGUUGAGGAGGACAUCGAACGAAACCUGGAGUCAGUCAGCAGGAUCACCGGCACAGCGAAUAACGGAAAUAUUUCAGCACUUAAAGUUUAUGAAGGAUUUGUAAUAGAUCACAGCAGUCUUCCAGAAGAGCGACAGAAAUAUCUAAAAGAGUUAAGAAACGACAUAAAUCAGAGAAGGGAAGCCAUUUCCAAAAUAAAUGACGAGGAGGAUCCAGCGAUGUUGUCGGGAUUGCUCUUCGCGUGGCUGGAGGGACUUAAGCAACCGAUCCUGGAUCGAGAAGAUUUGUCUAUCAUUGUGGGGCGUACACACAACGUCGAGGCCUGCAUAUUGGCAUUGCAGAUGGAGGAUAUUAUGCUCGUGGAAUACUUGCUACGCUUCGUCACCCGUCUUCGACCUUUAGCAGCUGCUAAAAAAGUGGACAUCAUAAAGCGUCUACUCUCUUCACUGACCCAUCAGUGUGUGAUGAUCAGUGGUCAAUGUCUUCCAACACACAAGGACUUCCCUCGAUUAAGGGAUGGAACUUGCACUCAAGUGACGAAUUUCAUGCUCAGAAUGAUCGUGGAGAUUCAAAGAGAUAUGCUCCAAAAUGGAAAAGAUGACGCUGAUGUCCACGAGUUCUACCUUGGUAUCAGUGUGGGAAGGGUUACUGAUGUGUAUGGCGGUUGUAUCGCAAAAGAAAACACAGUGCGUUUUUGGUUCCAACGUUUUCUUUCUGGAAAUUUCGAUCUGCAGAACAAGUCUCGUGGACGGCCGGAGACCCAAAUUAAUAAUGAAGAAUUGAAGGCUAUUGUGGAAGCAGAUCCAUCGCAAACCACGUCUGAGUUAGCUGCAGGCUGCGGUGUUAGUGAUAAAACUGUUUUAAUCCACUUGUCGCAAAUUGGAAAAAUUAAAAAGCUUGAAAGGUUGCUUGGGUACCUCACGAAUAGAGUGAAGCAAACCGGCUAA